GCGAUCAAGCGGCACCUGCGCGGCGCGGGGCAGGGCGAGGCGGAGUUCGUCAAGGAGCUCGACGUGCUCGCGCAGCUGCGAGAUCCGCGCCUCGUGCAUCUCCUCGCGUACGCGGCCGACGAGCACGAGCGGGUGCUCGUCCUCGAGCUCAUGCGCGGCGGGUCCCUGCAGGACCGGCUCGCCUGCACGGGCUUCGACGGCCGCGACGUCGCGCCGCUCCCGUGGAACCACCGCCUCCGCAUCGCCCUCGACACGUCGGCGGCCCUCUACUACCUGCACGCCCAGCCGCGCGCCAACGACGUCGCCUUCAUCCACGGCGACGUGAAAUCGGCGAACGUCCUGCUCGACGACGCCGGCCACGCCAAGCUCGCGGACUUUGGCCUCGCGCGCAAGGUCGCCACUCCGCGGGGCGCGGACAGGACCCUGACGCUCGCAGGCUCCCACGGCUACAUGGACCCGCACUACUCCGCGACGACGACGCCCCGCCCUCAGGUCUACGCCUUCGGCGUCGUGCUCAUGGAGCUCGUCACGGGGCUCGACGCCCGCGGCCUCGUCGACCGCGUCAUGGCCGCGGAGCGCGAGACCGACAUCUUCGACGCGAAGCUCGAGCCGUCGCCGGAGGCGCUCGAGCGGGCCGUCGACGUCCUCGAGAUCGCCCACCGCUGCGUCCAGUCGGUGCCCGGCGACCGCCCGGCCAUGGACGCCGUCUGCGACCUCCUCUCCGAGGCCGAG